CCCCUUUUUGAUUUUUUUUUCUCUGGGAGACAAAAACAAAUAAGUUUGUUGAAGCAAAUUCAAAACCCAAGGCAGAGAAAGAUGGAAGUAGCCACAGAGCAGCCUCGCUGGAUGUCCCAUCACGCCGUGUUGAACGGCCAACACGCGGAGUCCCACCACCCAGGAAUGUCUCACAACUACAUGGAGCCCACGCAACUCCUGCCUCCGGAUGAGGUCGACGUGUUUUUCAACCACCUGGACGGCCAAGGCAACCCCGUGUCCUCUUACUACGCCAAUUCCGCUCACGCCCGCGCCACCGUCUCCUACCGCCAAGCUCACGCGCGUCUGACCGGGAGCCAAGUUUGCCGCCCGCACCUCCUGCACAGUCCGGCCAUCUCCUGGUUAGACAGCGGCAAAGCCCUGUCGGCGGCGGCGGCGGCGGCCGCUCACCACCACCACCCUUGGACUGUCAGCCCGUUCAGCAAAGCCCCCCUGCACCACGGCGUGUACCCCGGCGGCGGCGGCGGUGCGGGUGCGGGUGCGGGCGCGGGUGCGGGUUCGAUCGCGGGUGCGGGUUCGAUCCCGGGCACGGGCACGGGGUCCCUCCCGCAAGCGGGGCACCCCAGCCCGCACCUCUUCACCUUCCCGCCGACUCCACCGAAGGACGCCUCCCCGGACCUGGGAAUGCACGGAUCGGUGUCUCCUACCGGCGGCGGCGGUACCGGAGCGGCGGCAGCAGCAGCAGCGGCGGCGGCAGCAGCAGCAGGUCGGCACGAUGAUAAGGACUCCCUUAAGUACCAUGUGUCUCUUGCUGAGGGUAUGAAAAUGGAAAGCUCUAGCCCGGUCAGAACCAGUAUAGCGUCGAUGGGACCCAACCUCCCCCCGACUCACCACCCCAUCCCCAUCACCUACCCCUCCUACGUGCACGGCAGCCACCACCACCACCACCACCACGAGUACAGCGGCAAUCUCUUCCACCCCAGCAGCUUACUGGGCGGCGCGGCUUCUAGUUUUACACCCAAAGCCAGGAGCAAAACACGGUCUUGUGCCGAGGGCCGAGAGUGCGUGAAUUGUGGAGCCACCUCUACCCCUCUUUGGAGGAGAGAUGGGACGGGUCACUAUUUGUGCAACGCUUGUGGGCUUUACCACAAGAUGAACGGACAGAACCGACCCCUGAUUAAACCCAAGAGGAGAUUGUCGGCUGCUCGGAGAGCGGGGACCUCUUGCGCCAAUUGUCAGACAACCACCACUACCCUUUGGCGACGCAAUGCAAACGGCGACCCAGUGUGCAACGCCUGUGGCUUGUACUUCAAGCUCCACAACGUGAACAGGCCACUGACCAUGAAGAAGGAAGGAAUACAGACCAGAAACCGCAAGAUGUCCAGCAAAUCGAAGAAGAACAAGAAGAUGUCAGACGGCUUCGACGAGUUGUCGAAAUGCAUGCAGGACAAGUCCAUGUCCUUCUCUUCCUCCGCCCUAGCUGGGCACAUGCCACACAUGGGGCAUCUCGGGCCAUUCAGCCACUCAGGUCACAUGUUGCCCACGCCAACACCCAUCCAUCCCUCGGCCAGCAUCUCCUUUGGCCACCCUCACCCAUCCAGCAUGGUCACGGCAAUGGGUUAGGGUUAGGAGGUCUCCCUUCCCAGGAAGAAAAGAUGAGGGAGCCAGAAAGCAAAAUGAAAACUGUCCUGUCUGCAAGGUGUUCGCCUUUUAGAGAACCCCCACCCCCU